GUCACACUGAAAAGUCAAAGUCAUUUCCUCACUUCACUAAAUCAUGGCAGUUAUGGUUUCAGGUGUCUGGUCAAGUCUUGUGGUAGUUUUGUGUGGCAUCCUGCUCCCAGCAGUAUUUGCUGAAUACUGCAGCAGCUUUACGGGCGCAAAUGGCUACUACCAUGAAAAGCAACAGUGUCACAAUCAGUACUGCUGUGGAACCUGCAGCCAAAUGUACUGCUGCAAUGACAGGAGUUAUCGUAUAACCCAAGAUGAACAAUAUUACUGUGCUGGAAGCACUUCCAACAACUACAACGGUAAAACCGACAAGAGAAGCAAACUUGCUACACUUCUGGGAAGCAUCUUGGGGUCUGUUUUACCUGUCCUCCUUUGUGUGGGUCUCGUCAUCUGCUGUGUGGCUCCUUGCUGUUUGUUCUACAAGAAGUGUCGAAAGGGAAACAACCGAAGACAACCAAAUGCCACUGUAAUUCACACACCGCAGCAGCCAAACUCCCCCUCCAGACAACCAGGAUACCAGCCUGUACCUGUUCAGCCUGGAUUUGGAGGCAUGCCCAACCCCAAUGCACCACCUCCCUACUACGGAGGCAAUCCAGCUCCCCCGUCAGCUGCAUUCUCUCCAGGUCAGCCGAUGUACCCUCUCCAGCCCAAUAUACCACCAGUAUAUCCAGGUGUAAUCACACAGCCAGCCUACAACCCCUCUUACAACGCAAACCACUAAACUGGAGAAAACACUGGUCCAUGACGCUAUAUUCAAACUCUGGUUGAAACACUAUUGGUAGAGGAAUGUGAAAUGUCGGAAUACUGCGUUGACACAGAGGAAACCCCUGCAGGAAUUACUGUACAUAUAUCUUUGGGAAUCAAUGUUUCUAAGGUAUUUUUUCUGUAAUUUCCAUUACUGGAACUCAUUUUUUGCAAAUUCUCUAAAUUUAAAAAACCAGUAUCUUCCUUUUUCAUGACCAUGUUUUUUUUAGCAUUAAUUACACUUUCGAUGGUAGUGUUAAAAGUUUAAAAUAGCCAAGUGUAAUUACAAAAACAUAUGUUUAAGUCCUGUGAAAAAAAUUUAAAAAAGGGGGAAAAGAAACAUUUUGAACACCUUUGCAUGGACACAACAUUUCUGAAUCUUUAACACUUCAGAAUAAAUCAUAUUCUCUGAACAGAUAGUACUCAAAUUGCUGACUCUGUCUUGGCUUUUCAUGAACACUAGGGCCUGUAUUCAUAAUUAUUCUGAAAAUCCUUUCAGAGACCUCCUAAAUCCUAACAAGGAUUUUUAGCGUAGGAUUGAUUUAGGAACAUUUUCAGAGCAACUCUGAGCGAGGAAAUGACAGAAACCUUUAUCUUAGUGAGGAGGGGUGGUUGACCCCGUUGCUAGGAAGACACAUUUUUUUAAGAAGCUGUGAUUGGAAAAAUAAAUUGAGAAUAAUGUGCUCUCUGUGAUAUUGGGCAUAUAAGUACAGUGUGAAAUCGAUCAGGCCCAAUCAUAGAUUCUAGUCAGACAUGGUGUAAUUAUUAACACUAUGAAAUUAACAUUUGUGUGACAAAGUGUAAGACGUUCUUUAAAAGUGUAUAGCCUGCAAGAUGUUUGAAAUCACAUGCCCACUUGUGCAAAAGCCUCUUCACUGCCUCAAGCUGAUCAUUACAUCAGCAUGUGAAGAGGCUUAAAUGCACCUGUGGAGGUAAAGACAUGCAGAGAAACUCAACACGCAUGUCUCAGUUUGUACUGAAAAAAAUCAGAGAUGGAUUGAAAUGUCUGAAUAAAUAAUUGUUCUCUGUUCAGCCCAAUUAUGAUUUGAAUAAUAUUCUUAAUGCAGUGUUUGAAGAACAUUUCUACAUUUUCUCCUCCGCUUGAAAAGCUCUUGUUAAUAGUCCUUCUCACUACUACUAACAGUUUUACACCUUAGGAGCUCUCUUAUGCUUUGUGAAUAACUUUCAUCUAAGGAUCUAGUCUUAACUUUAAGGGGAAGUUUUUGGAAACUGUCACCACUUGACCUAACGCUGCUUUCUUUUUUAAUAGACUCCAGCUGCCACUAGAGGUCGCCUCUGCCCAACUUUUCAUUUGCUCCGUUAUCAAGUCAUUUUCAUUUAUAUAUUUGAAUGAUUUAACCACGCCUAAAAUAUUGUGUUAUAUUAUAAUUACCUACUUGAUACUUGCUUAAAUUACAGGGAUUAUUUUGUUAAAGACUUUAGUAGUCUUCAGUAGAGCACUAUAAACUUGAAUCACUACGUUCCCACAAAAAGCAGUUUGCAUGAAGCUUUUUUGGGGUUCGGCAUCUUGCACAUUGAGGCCUCCUAUAGGCUAUACGUCUGACAGGUACAUCAUGUAGAAUGGGGCAUUCUCUGUUGCAUUUAAAAACAUUUAAGUCCAUAUUUCAUCAAACACAACUGGAUUAUUUGCAUAGAUACUAAAUACUGUGUUCCCGUAUUCACAAACAUUCUGGGUAUCCUCGCAGAGAGCUCCAAACUUAGCUUAAAAAAUCCUUGCAAAGAAUUUUAAGCUUAAGAGUGAUUUAGGAAUAUUCUCAGAGUAACUCUGAUCGAGCAAGAGACACUUAGGAGCUCUCUUAAGGGCUAAGACACUGUGUGAAUUACUUUCAUCUUUACAAGGAUCUAGCCUUAACUUUGAGGGGAAAUUCUUAGAAAAUGUCAUGAUUCUAAGAAUUUUCUCAGAAUUUUUUCACUAGGAGCAACUCUUAGUACUUAGGAGGCUUUGUGAAUACAGCUCCACAGCCCCAAGUAGCCUACAUAAUCAUCAGACAGUUCUUUUGGAUUACUUUUCAUCAUGUGUUUGUUGUUAAGGAAACAGAUAAAGUUAGCGUUAAAUUAAUUUCUGUUAAAAUGAUUAUGUGGUAUUUCUUUUUCUUUUUCUUUUUCUUGCUUGAUUUUACAGUAUGAGAACUGUUUUUGCACUUAGUUUUCUAUGAACUAAAAAUGUCUUGCUUUUACUAUAUAUCCGCAUUGUUUGCAGACUUUUUAACAUUUCACAUUUUAUGGUUUGAACAUGUGAGUGUAUUCUUUUUGAAAUAUUCACAAUCUUAUCUGUAUUAAAGGGAAAACUGUU